CAGAGUUUCGCUGUUCAAUAAUAAACACAAAAGUUAACGCACGCAUUUCACUAACAAGAUGAAUAAAUUUUGUGUAUUAAUCCUAUCGCUUUUUACUUUGGCCAUCGCUCAUAAUAUCACGAAAACUGAGGUGUUUGUAAUACACGUAAACCCUACAUUAUUUAAUUGGACGUACGAAGAAAAUCCAGAUCAAUUUGUUUACCAACCCUCCCUUAUGCACUCGCCUGAUUUACCGUCGUGGAUCAAUUACUACUACAGUAAUCGCCACCAUACCGGUUACCUAUACGGGGUGCCUCCAGACAAUCUACAUACGGACGUUCACAUCGAAAUAGUUGGACUAAACCGUCAAAAUUACGAGACGCGACAUCACAUACUAACGAUCCACAUCAACGAAAAGCCUUACCCGGCUAAAAGUGAGGUACACUUGAAGAUAGACAAUUUGAACGUUGAGGAUAUGUUCGAUCACGAAAGGGUUGAGAGAUUAAAAAAUGUCUUCCGAAGGUCACUUUGGAGGGAGAGUGGUAAAGACAUGCACAUGACGUUUCUAGCUUCGGCCGUGCAGUUGGGUGCACGACUUCCGCCAAAUCCCGACGAAGGGGAAGGAGUAGUUGUGCGAAUAGGUAGCCGAGUACAUUUGUCGAAUGAGUUGAUUAAGUUGCAAAAGGAGGUGAAGCCCUUGUGGAAGCACAAAACGUGCCCAAGAGAUUUUAAACGCACUACGGUUGAACGCUUCUUUAGGGAUGCCGGGUUUGCAUUGGAUUGGUGCGCAUUUCGCCUGAUUGAAGAUAGCAGUUCGGCACUGGGGCAUCACUAUUCUAGUACAGAGAAAUUAGAGAAACUGUCAAACUUGGAGGCAAAUAAUCAUUGGCGCGCUUUUUCCAUUGAUGAUCUUCCGGAGAGGAGCUACUCCCACGAAUUCGCGGUCACCAUCCUUCUUCCACUAUUUUUAUUUACGGCGCUAACCAUGAUGCUCUCAUUUAUCUUGUGCUUCCAUCACGAGGCCAUCGCCGACAGCCAUAGUGAAGAGUUUCUAGAUAAUAUAUUUCAUAUUUGUACUGAUUACUUAAGAUCAAGGGAUUUUGCGAAUCACACACCAACACAUGAGGCUAUUCAUCCCUAUGCAUCGUUGAGUCGAACCUCGCAUUCACUGAAAAGUUACUCAACAGCGUGUCUGUCUCCAGAGCUAGUCUCACGGAGUCAUACGGAGAGCCCAUCGCUUGGCCCUAGAGGCAUGCAUUGCCGUCCGAGUCCUCCGCCAUACGUGAGGCCAAAGUUUAAGCCCGACUUGUGACCAAAGAAAACUUCAGAGAAAACUUGGUACUGCUAGAUUUUCUCUGCUUAAUAAGUAGUUGCUUUUAGGUUCAAGUAGCUGAUCAAUAAAUUUUGACCACAUGUUCAUCUA